AUGACUUUUGAAUAUAUAAACGGAGAUGAUAGACCAUUGUCAAGAUAUACAAACUCCAAAGAAUCAACGAUAAAGAACUUCAAAGUAAAAUUACUGAUAAAAGAAUUACCAAACUUUAAAAACCUAUACAUACGCGACAAGAACAAGUAUAUUAGUUCAGAAUAUAGAAGAUGUAAUACAGAAAUUGAAGAUGAUACAUAUUGGUUGUCUUGUGAAAAAAAAAUGAUCAAAAUCGAAGAGAUAAUAUGUGAAGCCAUCACAAAGAUAGAAAAUGAAGAAAAAAUAAAAGCUGUCAAUAUAAACAAAUUUAUUGCAAAAUUUAAAAGUAUACAUUUGGAUAAAAAGAUACCAAUAGGUGUACUAACGACAAAAAUGAAAUUUCUAAAUAAUGAUGAAAAUAGAAUAGAGUCACAAAAAUACCAGUUAACAGAAAUUAAUCAAAAUAUUAACUUAAAUGAUAUUGAAAGCACAAUAGAAUUUAACGAAACUCCUGUAAAUAGUUAUAUAGUUAAAUGGAGUGAACAAUUU